AUGGCCUCUACCACCGGACAAGCUUACCUGCCGGACGCUAGCUGUGCCGUUUCCGAAACGGUGUGUGGCCGAGCUGGACAACUGCUGGGAAAUUGCUUCCGUAAUUUCACCCCAACCGUUGCCGUGGAGGCACUGCAUGCGGUCAAAAUUCCCGACUCGUUGGAAGAAAUCAGCAACCGGUGUCUCAUCUUCAACCGCGGCAUGGAAUGCGUCCGUCAGUAUUUGAAGGAGUGUGUCAACGCACGACAGCGCAAAAUAAUUGAAAACGAAGUGUACGGUGCUCAAAAGUUGUACGAAUUUCUGUGCUACGAUCAGGCCUUCCAGCGAGAGUUUUUACGGCACAAAAGCUGCUUUCAGCUGGUCCAUCCCGAGUGGGAUCUCUGCUCGAACCAGUUUAUUGGUGUGCUAAAGGACGAAAUGGCUCGCACCAACAAACAGUCGAUAAACGUCCAGUACAUCCACUUUUGCUGUGCCCGCUAUGCGUACGAAAACUGUGUGUACAGCAGUGCCCGGUUCAUCUGCAAACCGGAUUCGGCCAUGUUUUUGCGCCGGAUUGCCAACCUUCUGUCGACCGAUAAGCACUUUCUCAACUGUGAUAAGAUUGAAAAUGAGCUUUGCUCCGGUGCGGUAAGACAGCUGACGGCCACUAGCCACCUGGGGUACGUUACGGUUUUUGGUUCGCUGGUUGUGCUGACGAUGGGACGACGGUAG